AUGCACAAUCAGGAUCCCGCAGGACCACCCUUUGGCCUCAACGACGUGGAGGCCAAGGCCGGAGCACAGCCGCCCGUCACAGCCUCGUCCAAGAAGGCCGACUCCUUCCACAUUGAAGAGUUCAAGGAUCAGUCCCAGACUACUGAUGCCACGCCUCAGGGCACCUUUACCUAUGGCAUCCCACUCGACCACCAAAAGCGCGUCAUCCGCAAGAUUGACUGGCGUCUGCUACCCAUACUCGGCCUAAUGUACAGCAUCUCCCUCGUCGAUCGUACGAACCUUGGCCUCGCACUUGUGGCUGGCAUGGAGGAAGACCUCGGUCUUCACAUCGGUAAUCGCUACACCAUUAUCGUCAUGGUAUUCUUCGUUGCAUACAUCAUCUUCGAGAUCCCCAGCAAUCUUAUCCUCCCCAAGGCCGGUGCUGCCAACUGGCUCUCUUUUCUCGGCGUGUCCUUCGGCGCGAUCCUCAUUGGCAUGGGCUUCACCAAAUCCUGGGGCACGAUGGCUUUGUGUCGUGCCCUUCUCGGCAUCCUAGAGGCAGGAUUCUUACCUGGUUGCACCUAUUUGAUCACGUGCUGGUACCAGAGGUUUGAAGUGGGCAAAAGACUGGCUGCAUUCUGGAUUCUCUCGGUCUUGACUGGAGGGUUCAGUGCCAUUUUCGCCUACGUGCUCACGUUGCUCAGUGGCAAGGCCGGGCUGAACGGGUGGUCAUGGAUCUUCAUCAUUGAGGGUGCCAUCACGUGCGCGGUUUGUAUUGGCGGCUGGUUCAUCAUCAUCGACUUCCCCUCUAAGAUAAAGACGUUCCUUACGCCAGAGGAAAAGCAAUUCGUCAUCGACCGCAUCAACAACGACCGUGGCGAUGCCGUAGAGGAUAAGAUCACACCUGCCAAGAUCCUCUAUCACCUCAAGGACUGGCGGUUGUAUUUCUGGGGCAUCAAUCUCAUGGCAUGCACCCUUCCCGGCUACGCGUAUUCCUACUUCCUGCCCGUCAUCUUACGAGCGGGCAUGGGAUACUCUACCACCCAGUCACAGCUGCUGUCUGCGCCCCCAUACGUCCUCGCCGCUGUAAUCACCUACAUCUCCGGCACGCUAGGCGACAAGUACCACAUCCGUGGCCCCAUCAUCGCCGUGCACCAGCUCCUAACCUCGAUCGGCAUGAUCAUCACUGCUUACGGCGGCAGCAACGGCUUCCGCUACUUCGGCGCCUUCCUCGGCAUCGGCUUCCUGCAGUACUGCGUCCCGGGCGUGCUGACGUACCAGGCCAACAACAUCACCUCGCACAGCAAGCGAGCCGUGGCCUCGGCGACGUGCAUCAUCGGUGGAGGCGUUGGAGGCAUUGCCGCCGGCGUGGCCUUCAAGAGCAGUGAGAGUCCCGCGUAUACGACUGGGAUCUGGACCACGUUUGCCAUUAGCAUGCUGAGUAUCUCGCUCAUCAUUAUCAUGGAUAUCUGGUUCUGGAAGUGCAAUAAAGCGGUGGAUAGGGGCGAGAGGCAGAAUGAAGGGCGUGCGGGCUGGCACUAUACGCUUUGA